UCGCUGUCAGAGCAUCUGUGGAGUUGUUUGCACAUUAGCUUGAGAAACUUUGGCACGGCUGUGUCACAUUUACAAUUAAACCCAUGCAGGAGACGAAAUGUUCAGCGGAAUUCAACCCGUGACGGUUGUGUUUAACAACGCGAAAAAUUGUUUCCUCCAUGUGCCUGCCAAGUUAAUUUCCCAUCUCUCUCUGAGCGAGAACCAGGCUUUGGAGUUGUCCUGGAGUCAUGAUGGACCUCCUGUUUUUCUCAGCUGGACUCUUAGCCGCAGCUCCUCCAACUUUGAUAACCACCAUGUGGAGAUGUGCCGACAUCUCGCAGAAAAGUUGGGCCUGCUGGAAGGAGAGGAGGGCUUCUUGAGGGCAUGUCCGCAAGUGUCAUCAGUGCGUCAAGUGUUUGUGGAGCCACUCUCAGCUGAUGACUGGGAGAUUUUGGAGCUCCACAGUGGUGCGCUCGAGGAGCAUCUUCUGGAUCAGAUUAGAGUGGUAUUCCCAGAUGCUGUUUUGCCUGUGUGGGUGGACAGCCACACAGUUCUUUACAUUCAGAUAGCGUCCUUGUUACCUUCAGUGCCUUACGGUCGGCUGGAGCCCUUCUCGGAGCUCAUGGUAACCCCUAAAAAACACACCAGGCACCCCGAGGUGCCUCAUCACAGCCAUUGGGACACCCCUUCUACACCUAGACCACCCUUGCAAACCUCACCUCCUCUGAAUCAGCAGUGGGGUGGCAUCACGGACUUAAAAAGUCUUUUUAGGUACUUGACAAAAGGCUCAAGUGACCCAGUUAGGGAGGUCCCGUUCGUACCGGAAGUCCCCGCGUUGCUGCCGGACGCCCUUUACAGAGUGUGCGGCGCAUCUCCUCCUUCCCUCACCACCGCUAGUCAUGUAGCGCCAGGCGUUCUUCACAUCUUCCCGUGCAGCUACACGUCGGAUUUAGACGUCGCUGGAGGUCAACCGGAGCUGACGUACGGCCUGCUAUCCAAAGUUCCCUCACCCAAGGAAAGAGCCAAGGUAGAGAAGAAGAAAAAUGCGCCGGCAGAUGGCGUAGAGGAGGUGAAAGAUCAGGAGCUGAAACAGGAGGCCACGGUGGUGCGCUUGGUGUGCCAUGAUAUUGACGAGCUAAGAUACACAGAAGGAACCAUCCACUGUGGGACAUGCUGGAUUCCUCCAGUAUUGGCUGCCAGACUCAACAUCCUCCCACAUUCUACAGUAAGAAUAAAGCCAGUGACAUCGACAGUUAAAGUAGCAUCCUCCAUCCAACUAUGGCCUCAAAAACCACUAUUCCAGACUGAGGCGGAGGAGGACGAAGAUAUCCAGACAGCUUUCUUGAGCUGGCUGCACACUCAGACUCACAGACCUCUGGCCUGCCUGACACCGCGAGUUGGCUCCGUCCUCCUACACGCGACUGACGACAAAUUAGAGUUCACUGUCACAGUGCUGAAACCAGAAUCCGAACCUGAGAGUGAACCACCCGACCAACUCUUUCUCCUUUCACCUUCAGUCUUACAGAAGAAACAUAUCCAGGUAGUACGAGAACCAGUGUCUGCACCACCAGUUGAGAUUGACCCACCGAAACAAGAUCUUCCAUCGCUUUCUUCUCUAGGUGGGGUGGACGAGUUGAGCAGUAGAAGCUUUGAGUUCAUCUCGUACAGUCUGCUGGCGUCUCCUUUGUCCAGAGAGCUGCUUGGAGUCAUUGGACGAGGACUCAAAGGAGGUGCCCUGCUCAUUACUGGCGCACAAGGUAGUGGGAAAAGCGCCCUUUCUCGCGCCCUCUGCAGGAAAGCAGCAGACGACGUGGAUGCGCAUGUGGAAGUGGUGGAAUGUAAAAUGUUACAAGGCAAAAGGGCAGAGACGAUUCGUCGGACAUUACAGGAGGUUUUCACCGAGGCGGAAUGGAGGCAACCUUCUGUGGUUCUGUUGGAUGACUUGGAUGACGUGGCCAGAGCGCCCACCUCACCCGAGCACGAGGAAGGACCCGAGGAGCUGCUCCACCUACACGUCGCUCAGAGUUUGAUGGACAUAGUGGAUGAGAUGGUGGAACGUGAUGCGCUGAUUUGUUUGAUUGUAACCAGUGAGGAUGAACGCUCCUUACACAGCACUCUUACUCAAGUGCAAGGAAGGCAUUUCUUCCAGGGCUUCACUCACAUAAACCCCCCUGAGCAGGCCCAGAGAAGUGACAUCCUUUGUCGUGCCAUUGAAACGAGGUGUGGCUCGUGUCAAUCCAAUUCUGUCAACUUGGAUCUGUCAACUGUUGUCAGGGAGACCGAGGGAUACCUGCCUCAAGAUCUGCUGCUAUUGUUGGAGCGAGCCCUACAUGCUAACGCCGCUCGCCAACUACAAAACAACAAUCCUGGUUCGUGUUUGUUGCAGCAGGACUUUAACGAGGCUCUCAGGGACUUUACACCGCCAUCCCGUUGGGGGGCGGACCUCCAUACUCCGAGUGGUGAGGGGCUGAAGUCUGUAGGGGGGCUUGCGGAGGUGCGGCAGCAGUUGAUGGACACCAUCUUGCUCCCUGCUAAGUAUCCCGUCCUCUUCUCCAAGCUCCCCAUCCGACAUCGUUCGGGAGUUUUGCUCUAUGGUGCUCCAGGCACUGGGAAGACUCUACUAGCGCGAGCCGUUGCCAAAGACAGUGGCAUGAACUUCAUCAGUAUUAAAGGUCCAGAGCUCCUCAGUAAAUACAUUGGAGCAAGUGAAAAAGCGGUCCGAGACGUCUUCCAAAGGGCUCAGGCGGCGAAGCCUUGUGUGGUCUUCUUUGACGAAUUUGAUUCCUUGGCGCCCAGGAGGGGUCACGACAGCACCGGUGUCACCGACCGUGUCGUCAACCAACUGCUGACUCAGUUGGAUGGAGCAGAGGGACUCGAAGGCGUUUACGUGCUGGCCGCCACCAAUCGUCCGGACCUAAUCGAUCCAGCUCUGCUGCGCCCAGGGCGACUCGACAAGUCACUCUACUGCCCCCCGCCUGGAAAGGAGGACCGCUUAGCCAUCCUAAAGAUUUUGAGCACUGGCAUCUCUUUGGCCCCUGACGUGGACCUGGAAAAUCUGGCGGAGGCGACUCAUGGAUUCACCGGUGCCGACUUGAAGGCCCUCCUCUACAACGCCCAGCUGGAGACGCUAAAUAGCAGUCUGGAUGGUAGCAUGUUGCAGGAGACAACGUGCGACAUGAGCCUGUCCUCCAUGAUCUUCCCAAACAAUAGUAGCGGUUCUGAUGACCUCGUGGAUGACGGCGAAGGAGACGAGGGCAGCUGUCCGGAGUCUGCCGAGCUACAGCGUUUGGACGAACAUCGGCAACAACAAGAACAUCCAGGUGACGCCUGGAGGAUCUACUUUGGAAGCUCCUUUGAGUCGGAGUCUGCUGAAUGCGUCUCCGUACAGGACGCUGAAGUGCCGACGCCAGAGUCCAGUCUCCCACUGCCACCCCUCGCCAUGCCCUCACUCAAGAGCGGCUUCCAGCCUCUCAGCCACGAGCAGCAACAGCGCCUCCAGCAGGAAGUGGCAUGCAUCAAGCUAAACCACCGCAGAGCGAACGGGGAGCGAGUGCGUGCCCGGUCCAAAGCCGACCUGCCUGGCAUUCUGCUGCGUCGUUGCCACGUACUCGCCGCUCUGGACGCCACCAGGCCAUCGCUUGGAAAAGACGACUGGAGCAGAUACCAAAUGCUCUACGAGGCUUUUUCAGGAGGCAGAACCACCACGCAAACGUUCCAACCAGGACAACGCGUGACGUUAGCCUGACGGUACACACAAAAGGGGCAAUUGUUUCGAUUAUUCAUCCUGUAAUUACUGUACAUUGCAAAGAAUUUAAAGAAAUAUUUUGUUAGGGUGCUUGAUUCCUGUCUGUUGUUAUCACAUAAUUUUUCAAGUGAUUUAUUUGGUCUAUAUAUACACUACUCAAACCAAUUAGAAGAAUACUUCAAAAGCAUAUCCGGGGUGGGAAAUUUAUGAUCUUGAAUAUCUUUCCUGAUAAUGAAAUCGGUGAUGUAUAAUUAACAAUUCGAUUACGGAUGUACCGAAAGCAAAUUUCUUCACCGAACCCGAAAACAGACUAUUGGAAACUCUUGGCCGAAAAAUACUCAUGCAUAUAAUUUUUUAUUUCAUUUAAUUAUUUUCCGAUUUGGCCCUUGGCCUUUGCAUUGGUUCCACAGCCCCAGAGGCUUGAAAAUUUUUAGAGCUGCAACGAUUAAUCGAUUAACUCGAGUAUUCGAUUAGAAAAAAAAUAAUAAAUUAAAUUUUGCUGUUUCAACUAUUCGUUUAGUUAAAGUAGCGUUGUCAGGUUUGUUUUGAAAGUGUUUGCAUUUAGUCUUAUUGAUUUCAGUGGAUACACUGCCCUCUAGUCUGCUCCAUUUCACGUGGCUGAAUCCAACUGCUCCCUGUUAAGACCAACAUAAGCUCAGUUUUUGUUAGAGCUAAUGUUUUUUAUGCAUUCGUAAUUUAGUUUAUAGGUAUACGUGGCCGUUUUUUUUUUUUUUUUUUUUUG